GAGUACCCCAUGUGCCCCUCUUAGAAUUUUUCAUCAAUUCCCACAUAGAUAUUCAUACCUCAUCCUCUUUCUUCAUAGGUCACUUGAGUUUUGGUUUGAAGUUAGAGAAAAAGCUAGACUAUCAAAGGUAAAAGUCUUAACUCUACUUUGUCAAAGUUUGGGUUUUUGCUCUUAGAUAAGUUUGCAUGUUGGUGUAAACCGAUUUGUUGUAUUUUGGGGAGUAUAUAAAUGUAGAGAAAAGGCUAAGAAAAGGUUUGAAGAGCUAGAAGUCUCCUAGAUCACAACCAAAGUCAUCAAGAGGUUAUCUGUUAUCCGCUGCUUUUCAAGGUGAAGUUGUGAACAUUGUAAUUUCUUUUAUGUCAGAACAGGCCAUAUUCUUUUUGGAAACAAUUGGGUUGCUGGGUGAGUAUUGUCCUUCAUCAAGAAAAAAGAACAGGUCCUUAUUAAAAGUUGUUGGCUGUAUGCAUCUCGGGCCAUUUGAGGAAUACUCUUGGUGUGGUUGCAAGUGUAUGCAACCUUUUCUGGCUGCUGAAGAUCAAUCCAUUAUCCUAGAAGAAAAGACUUUGGCUGCUUAUACUCUACAUUCCAGCAUUUCUCUGCUGUGACACUGACAUCCACUUUUACUUAAAUUACAACUCUAUUGUUGAAGUGAAGAUGGCUUUACAGAACAUAGGUGCUGCAAAUAGUGAUGAUGCCUUCUACCGGUAUAAGAUGCCAAAAAUGAUUACGAAAAUUGAGGGCAGGGGAAAUGGCAUCAAGACAAAUGUUGUCAACAUGGUUGACAUUGCAAAGGCUUUGGCAAGGCCAGCAUCUUACGCUACAAAGUAUUUUGGUUGUGAGCUUGGAGCCCAGUCUAAAUUUGAUGAGAAAACUGGAACUUCUCUUGUUAACGGGGCGCAUGAAACUGCUAAGCUAGCUGGACUUCUUGAGAAUUUUAUAAAGAAAUAUGUCCAGUGCUAUGGUUGUGGAAACCCAGAAACUGAGAUAGUGAUUACAAAAACUCAGAUGCUCCAACUGAAAUGUGCUGCAUGUGGGUUCGUGUCUGAUGUGGAUAUGAGGGACAAGCUUACCAGUUUCAUUCUUAAGAACCCACCUGAACAGAAGAAGGGAUCCAAAGACAAGAAGGCAAUGAGAAGAGCUGAGAAAGAACGAAUGAAGGAAGGAGAGGCUGCUGAUGAGGAGCAAAAGAAAGUGAAGAAGGAUGUGAAGAAGAAGGGCACAUCAUCAAAAGAUAGCACUGCCAAAAAUAGCUCUUCCAGAAAGAAAGCAAGUGGAUCUGAUGAUGAUCAUUCAUCACCUCCGCAAAGCCAUGUUGAUGAGAAGGAAGAAGUUGACGACGACGACGAUGUUCAAUGGCAAACUGAUACAUCGCUCGAGGCAGCUCGCCAGAGAAUUCAAGAGCAGUUGAGUGCUGUAACAGCUGAUAUGGUUAUGCUCUCUACAAAUGAGCCAGACAAAAAAACCAAGGCAGCAACCAUAACAAGUGAUAUGGUUAUGCUCUCUACAAAUGAGCCAGACAAAAAGACCAAGGCAGCAACCAUAACAAGUGAUAGUGCUCAGAAUGGAAACUCAGUUGCUCCAGUGAAACUUCUUGAUGAACUGAAAGCAAGCGUAAUGAAAGGUGCCUCAGCCAAUCAGCUGCAGUCCCUUCUAGCGUCUUCUCCGGAAUCAGCUCAGGAGAAGAUGACUCUUUUGUUUGAGGCACUCUUUGACGGUGUUGAAAAAGGGUUCACAAAGGUAGUGACCAAAAAUAAAAAUUACAUUGCUGUUGCUUCUGCUCAGGAGGGAUGUCAGCUGCUAUUACUUAAAGCUAUCGAGGCUUUUUUCAAAAGGUUGACAUCUAGUUCUAUGAAAGAAGUUGCACUGGUUCUAAAAGCAUUGUACGAUGUCGACAUCCUGGAGGAAGAGUACAUAAUGCAGUGGUUUGGAGAAGGAUCGAAAGGAGGCAGCAAAGAGUCCCAGAUUUGGAAGAAUGCACAACCCUUCAUUGAUUGGCUUCAGAGUGCUGAGUCAGAAACCGAGGAUGAAUAAUUAUGUGUUUAGUUUUCUUUUUACGAGUCUUGAAUUAUUUGGUGUAUUGUGAUGAAAUCUUAAAUACCUCUGCGUGUGGUACCAUUGCUAUUAUUGUUUUAAUGUCUGUUACCAUUGCUAAGCUGUUGCUGGUUCUACUUUGUAUGGGAGUUCUUGAGUGGUCUACGUAUGGUUUGUAUGGUUUACGUAUGGUUGUAGUAGUAUUCUACUUUGAAGUACUUUUUCAUAAGGAAAAUUUACAUGUCAUAUUGUUUUUGGCAUUUUAAUUCCAAAA